UUUAAAAUAUUAAAGCAACAAAUAAGCUAACCUACAUUUUUAUCAGUAAAAUAAAAAAGUUAGAAAAUAAUUUUAAAAAGACGAGAAUAUAAACAAGUUAACAAGAACCCCAAAAAAAAAGUGACGACGUUUUGAAAAAACAUAACAACUGCUCAAAUAUUGACAAAGGCAUUAAAAGCAAAAAAAGUUGUUCUAAAAAUGGGCGACCCACAUAAUUCAUUCCAAGGCGCAAAGAAAUUUUCUUAUACAUAUUAUUCAUCCAGUAAUGACGCUAUUGAUUGGUUAAAGGCUAACAGCCAGCUACUUCUUGAAAUUUUAAAAAGCCCAAAAGAUUUUCUAUGGCAAAAAUGUUCUUUUGUACUUGCCCCUGGAGAUGAUGGUAGUUCUCAACCUAAGUGGUUUCAAACUUCGAAAACAUUCCUAAACCAUUCAUGUCCAAUUGAUGAACAGCUUCAAGUCACUAAAAAUAUAAGCUAUCUUCUACCAGAAGAUUGUGUUCUAGAAGAUGGUUCUAUUUCAGAAAUAACAGAAUACACAGACAUAAUUUGUAAAAAUAAAGUUAAAAAUAUUUAUUAUAUUGUAUCAAAAGCUAACUUUGGAACAGGAUACAUCAUUAUUCAAGACUUUCUUAUUACACAUAAUUUAAGCACUGGAGCUCAAUCUUGUUUAAAUGGCUACUGUAUAGAGUUUGGAAGUAAAAAGAAGAAAUUUAGAGAGGAUUUAGAAAAUAUUCUAAAAUCGUACCAAUCUCAAAAAAGGUCAGCUUCCAAAAUUUUAUAUUUAAGCAAGUCUUUGUUGAAACAACAUGAAGAUAAGGUUGUUAAAAGACUUAAUACAAGAUCAGUUUAUAGAAGACGUUCGUCUCCUAAUAAUUCAGCACUUAAAUUUCACCAGAAUGAAGAUGUUGAGCCUAAAAAAAGAAAGGUUAUUUCUGUACUUGGAGUUCAAAUUAAUCAAAAUUGCUUACGAGAUGCAUCUCUAUCACCAUGGAAUCAUAUGAAAAAAAACAUCAAAACAGAGAUGAAAAUGGAAUGCAGACAAUUUUUCCAACCAGUUGAACAAAAUUUAGCUGUAAAAAAGAAUGAAGAAUUAGAUGUUAAAAAUAGAGAAUUAAAAAGGAGCUUCAGAAAAAGAAAAAUAGAACCUGAAAAUCUUCAAUUUCUUGGUGAUGGCAUUUUAUUCAGAAAGCAAGCAAUUUUUGAAACUAGCAACAUGAGUAAUGAUAACAUAAAUUGUGAAGAAGAAUUUACUGAUGUUUUUGAGACAUCUGAAACCUUUGAACAAUAUCAAGAAAAUGAGGACUGUGGCAGUGUCAUUCAAGCUUGUUCUUUAUCUAAAAAGCCUUUGAAAAACAAACUGUUUUCAAAGUUGGUAACUCAUCAAGAUCAACCAUCUUUAGAAGCAGAUUAUAUUGAAAGAUAUCAUUCAAAACCUUUUACACAUAUUUCUUCUAAAAAGAGUUUAUCGUUCAAUUCAAAUCACUCUUCUGCAUAUAUUUUGAAACCUUAUAUUUUGAACACAUCCUCAAAAAAUAAAAGAGACAAAACACCAUUUAGUUUAAAGAAAAAAAGUUUUUCCAUUGAACCUGUUCUUCAUGAAAGUUUUGAACCCAUAAAAGAUUUAUCAUGUAUAUCAAUAACAAUAGAAGACAAAAUAGUUGAAACUGAUGAGUGUGAGUUGGCUAAUGAGUUUUUAAAUAAAGCUGACAAAAAUGUGGACAAUGACAAUUUUGUUUUAGUUGAAAAUUCUCAAAAAUUGAAAAUGCUCUAUUGCAAUUUUUUGGGCACAUCAAGUGGGUACAACACCCAAAAUCAGGUUAUCUGGUCAUCAAAAUCAGACGCAAUUUCUAAUGGCAAAAGUUUUAUUGAUGUUAAGAAAAGCAAAUUGAGUAUGCCUUUAACGCCUUCCAAAACAUUCAAGAUAAAAAAUGAUGUAUCUUUUAAGGAAACAAAUGUUUUGCAAUAUGAUAAACAAAAAGCUCAACAAUAUAUCAUUAACCUUGGUAAAACUACAUCUUCUAAUCAGUCAUUAACAAAAUCUUAUCAAAAAAAAAACAAUAUAGAUGAUGAUUUUUUUGUAGUAGAUUAUAAUGAUAUACCACAUCAUAACUCAGAGUUAGAAAACUCGUUAGAAAUAACUCCUGGUAGAGUACUUGUUGAGGAUGAAAACGGUGAAUUAAGAAGUUUUGAACUGAGUAUUGAGAAGAGUGUUGAUUCAAUAGCUAGCAAUAUAUUUGAAAACUAUGUUGUUAUAUCAGUUAAAGAUGACAAAAACAAUGAUCAAACUUAUGACAACUUUGAAUCAUCAAUUAACAACAGCUAUGACUCAUCAUAUAACCUACAACAAUUCUCACCCAACACUUCUUCUAAACUACUGACAAGUUCUGGGCAUAAUGAACUCAAUAACAACUUCUCAAAAAUGAAAGAUAAUAAAUUGAUAGAAAAGCUACCACCUUUAAAAUCAGGUGAGAAAUCAUUUUCAUUUAGGCAAAUGUUUCAAACUGUUAAAGGUGAAAAAAUCAAUGAUACUUAUAUAAAAGAUGAAGACAUGAAACCAGAAGGAAUGUUUGCUAAAUUUAAUUUGAAUGCAAAAAAUAAAGAAAAAAGUAAUAAUGUAGUUGCUGUAGAGACAAAAGAAAUUAAAGACCAAUUGGAAAACAGAAUCUUUUUAAAGUUAGAUAUAGAUAAAGAAAAUAAAAAAAUCAAAAAAGAUAAUGAAGAAGAGUUUGUUGUUUUAGAGGAAGAGAAAAAAGAGAAGAUUUUAGCAUCAGAAAGCUCAUUAGAACUAAACAAUGCAGAUAAUAAACAAAACGAUUUCAAACAAAACCUUGAAAACAAUUUGAAUUUAUUAAAUUCUUCACCAGGUGUUUACAAAUUUGUAUAUAAGAAUUCAGAAAAAAAAGAAGGUAUCAUCACUCCUAAUAAUGCUAUGGAACAAAAUGAUGUUUCUUUUGAAUUAGGAGCUGUACAUUUAUUAAACACUGAAAAAAAACAAACAAUGACUGUUGUUGUGAAUAACCUUAAAUUAACACAUGAUACAACAGAAGAUGAGAUGAAUGACACGACAAAGGAUAAAAAACAUAAUACAACAGAUAUGAAAGAUGAUAUAGCACAGGACAUAAAAAGAUUUUGUAUAAACUAUAAUGCUCACUUUGAAUUUUUUAUAAUUGCUCAGGAAAAAAAUGUUGGAAACGUUGUUUUAUUUAUAAAAGAAUUCUACAAUGAUUUAAGGAGACUUUUUGUUGGAGUUGACAGUGGCAUUAUUGGAAGAGUAGUUUUUAUAACAGAAUAUGUCUCAAAAGAUGAAAAUCCACAUUUUUACAUAGAUUUAAAUAGUAAUAAUGCUCAAAAGAUAAUUGAUACAAAUAGCAAUAUUAUUACAAAGGAAAUAAAUAUAAAUACAAAAGAAAAGCUCAUUCGUGCAAUAGUUGUCCAAUAUAAUACUAACAUGUAUGAUGAGGAAAAAUCAAAAGUGUCUCUUUGCUUCAAAAGCAAAGAUUUUAUUAAUCUUAGUAAUAGAGAAACCUCUCUGAUCCAAAUUAAAAAUGAUCAAGACAAAAGCAACGAACCCUUAAUUGCAAAGGAAAUAAUUACAAAGAAACCAAGAGUUUCUGAGUCAAAUGCUAAUAGUAUUUUUUCAAUUUUAGAACCCGAGCAAUCAAUUGAAUAUAUACCAACUGUUGAAUUUCAACCAGUUUUUGACCUGUUUGCUAAAGAUUCAGAUUCCAAUAUUCAAUCAAAAGAAUUUAAAGAUGAACUUGAUGUUAGUAAUUUUAUUUUUGUGAAAGAAAAUAAGAAAUCAUUAUUUGUUGAACCUGAAGUAAUAUUUAGCAAGGAGAAUAAUGUUAACAAUAAUAUUUUUGAUGAAUCGGUACUUGCAAAAGCAACAGUUGAAAAAAAGCUUGAAAUUUCUGCUUCCAAGUCAUUUAAUAGUAGUAUUCUUCCUGUAUUUGAACCCAAGCAAUCAGUUGGAUAUAUAGCAGCUAUUGAAUUUCAACCAGAUUUUAAUGAUGAUCGAUUCAUUAAUGAUACAGAUUCCAAUAAUCAAUCAAAAGAAAUCAAAGACGAACUUAAAUUGAAUAGUUUUGUUCUCAUGAAAGAAAAUGUCAAGGAAUUGUUUGUUGAACCUGAAGUAAUAUUUAGCAAGAAAAAUAAUGUUAAUAAUAAUAUUUUUGAUGAAUCUGUACUUGCAAAAGAAACAGUUAAAAAGAAGCUUGAAAUUCCCCAUUCCAAGUCAAUUUAUAGUAGCAUUCUUCCUGUUUUCGAACCUGAGCAAUCAAUUGGAUAUACAGCAGCUGUUGAAUUUCAACCAGUUUUUGAUAAUGACUUAUUUAUUAAUGAUACAGAUUCCAAUAUUCAAUCAAAAGAAAUUGAAGAUAAACUUGAUGUUAGUAAAUUUAUUUUUGUGAAAGAAAUUAACAAUUCAUUAUUUGUUGAACCUGAAGUAAUAUUUAGCAAGGAAAGUAAUGUUAACAAUAAUGUUUUUGAUGAAUCUGUACUUGCAAAAGAAACAGUUGAAAAGAAGCUUGAAAUUCCUGAAUAUAAGUCAAUUAAUAGUAGCAUUCUACCUGUUUUCGAACCUGAGCAAUCAAUUGAAUAUAUAGCAGCUGUUGAAUUUCAACCAGUUUUUAAUGAUGACUUAUUUAAUAAUGGUACAGAUUCCAAUAUUCAAUCAAAAGAAAUCAUUGAUGAACUUGAUUUGAAUAAUCUUGUUUUUAUGAAAGAAAAUGUCAAGGAAUUGUUUGUUGAACCUGAAGUUAUAUUUAGCAAGGAAAGUAAUGCUAACAAUAAUGUUUUUAAUGAGUUUGUGCUUGCAAAAGAAACAGUUGAAAAGAAGCUUGAAAUUCCUGAUUCCAAAUCAUUUGAUAGUAGCAUUCUGCCUGUAUUUGAACCCGAGAUAUCAGUUGGAUAUAUAGCAAUUGUUGAAUUUCAACCAGUUUUUAAUGAUGACUUGUUCAUUAAUGAUACAGAUUCCAAUAUUCAAUCAAAAAUAAUUGAAGAUGAACUUGAUGUUAGUAAUUUUGUACUUAUGAAAGAAAAUAACAAAUCAUUAUUUGUUGAACCUGAAGUAAUAUUUAGCAAGAAAAAUAAUGUUAACAGUAAUGUUUUUGAUGAAUCUGUACUCGCAAAAGAAACAAUUGAAAAGAAGCUUGAAUUUCCUGAUUCUAAAUCAAUUGAUAAUAACAUUUUGCCUGUAUUUGAAUCGGAGCUAUCAGUUGGAUAUAUAGCAGCUGUUGAAUUUCAACCAGUUUUUAAUGACGAUUUAUUCAUUAAUGAUACAGAUUCCAAUAUUCAAUCGAAAGAAAUCAUAGACGAACUUGAUUUGAAUAAUUUUGUUCUUAUGAAAGAAAAUGUCAAAGAAUUGUUUGUUGAACCUGAAGUAAUAUUUAGCAAGGAAAGUAAUGCUAACAAUAAUGUUUUUGAUGAGUUUGUGCUUGCAAAAGAAACAGUUGAAAAGAAGCUUGAAAUUCCUGAUUCCAAAUCAUUUGAUAGUAGCAUUCUGCCUGUAUUUGAACCCGAGAUAUCAGUUGGAUAUAUAGCAACUGUUGAAUUUCAACCAGUUUUUAAUGAUGACUUGUUCAUUAAUGAUACAGAUUCCAAUAUUCAAUCAAAAAUAAUUGAAGAUGAACUUGAUGUUAGUAAUUUUGUACUUAUGAAAGAAAAUAACAAAUCAUUAUUUGUUGAACCUGAAGUAAUAUUUAGCAAGAAAAAUAAUGUUAACAGUAAUGUUUUUGAUGAAUCUGUACUCGCAAAAGAAACAAUUGAAAAGAAGCUUGAAUUUCCUGAUUCUAAAUCAAUUGAUAAUAUCAUUUUGCCUGUAUUUGAAUCGGAGCUAUCAAUUGGAUAUAUAGCAGCUGUUGAAUUUCAACCAGUUUUUAAUGACGAUUUAUUCAUUAAUGAUACAGAUUCCAAUAUUCAAUCAAAAGAAAUCAUAGACAAACUUGAUUUGAAUAAUUUUGUUCUUAUGAAAGAUUAUGUCAAAGAAUUGUUUGUUGAACCUGAAGUAAUAUUUAGCAAGGAAAGUAAUGCUAACAAUAAUGUUUUUGAUGAAUCUGUACUUGCAAAAGAAACAAUUGAAAAGAAGCUUGAAAUUCCUGAUUCCAAAUCAUUUGAUAGUAGCAUUCUGCCUGUUUUUGAACCUGAGCAAUCAAUUGGAUAUAUAGCAGCUGUUGAAUUUCAACCAGUUUUUAAUGAUGAUUUAUUCAUUAUUGAUACAGAUUCUAAUAUUCAAUCAAAAGAUAUUGAAGAUGAACUUGAUGUUAGUAAAUUUAUUUUUGUGAAAGAAAAUAACAAAUCAUUAUUAGUUAAACCUGAAGUUAUAUUUAGCAAGGAAAGCAAUGUUAACAAUUAUGUUUUUGAUGAAUCUGUACUCACAAAAGAAACAAUUGAAAAGAAGCUUGAAAUUCCUGAUUCCAAGUCAAUUGAUAGUAGCAUUCUACCUGUUUUCGAACCUGAGCAAUCAUUUGGAUAUAUAGCAACUGUUGAAUUUCAACCAGUUUUUAAUGAUGACUUAUUCAUUAACGAUACAGAUUUCAAUAUUCAAUCGAAAGAAAUCAUAGAUGAACUUGAUUUGAAUAAUUUUGUUCUUGUGAAAGAAAAUAACAAAUCAUUAUUUGUUGAACCUGAAAUAAUAUUUAGCAAGAAAAAAAAUGUUAACAAUAAUGUCUUUGAUGAAUCUGUAAUUGCAAAAGAAACAAUUGAAAAGAAGCUUGAAAUUCCUGAUUCCAAGUCAAUUGAUAGUAGCAUUCUACCUGUUUUCGAACCUGAGCAUUCAAUUGGACAUAUUGCAGCUGUUGAAUUUCAACCAGUUUUUAAUGAUGACUUAUUCAUUAAUGAUACAGAUUCCAAUAUUCAAUCAAAAGAAAUCAUAGAUGAACUUGAUUUGAAUAAUUUUGUUCUUGUGAAAGAAAAUAACAAAUCAUUAUUUGUUGAACCUGAAGUAAUAUUUAGCAAGAAAAAUAAUGUUAACAAUAAUGUUUUUGAUGAACCUGUAAUUGCAAAAGAAACAAUUGAAAAGAAGCUUGAAAUUCCUGAUUCCAAGUCAAUUGAUAGUAGCAUUCUACCUGUUUUCGAACCUGAGCAUUCAAUUGGACAUAUUGCAGCUGUUGAAUUUCAACCAGUUUUUAAUGAUGAUUUAUUCAUUAAUGAUACAGAUUCCAAUAUUCAAUCAAAAGAAAUCAAAGACGAGCUUGAUUUGAAUAAUUUUGUUCUUAUGAAAGAAAAUGUCAAGGAAUUGUUUGUUGAACCUGAAGUAAUAUUUAGCAAGGAAAGUAAUGCUAACAAUAAUGUUUUUGAUGAAUCUGUGCUUGCAAAAGAAACAGUUAAAAAUAAGUUUGAAGUUCCUGAUUCCAUGUCAAUAGAUAGUAGUAUUUCUCCUGUAUUUGAACAUGAGCAAUCAGUUGGAUAUAAUGCAACUGUUGAAUUUCAACCAGUUUUCAAUGAUGACUUAUUCAUUAGUGAUACAGAUUCCAAUAUUCAAUUAAAAGAAAUCAAAAAUGAUCUUGAUUCGAAUAAUUUUGAUCUUGUUCAAGAAGUCAAGGAGUCAUUUGUUGAACCUGAAGUUAUUUUCAGCAAAGUAAAUGUAGUUAACACUAAAGGUAUUGAUGAACCAAUAAUCAGAAAGGAGGCACUUGAGUUCAAAAUUUCUACUGAAAACAAUUUAUAUAUUCAUCAUUUAGGUAAUAUUAGCUGCAAUUCAAAUCCGCACUCUGAUGAUAAAACAUUUUUGUCUAACAACUUGAUGCCGUUAUAUAGUUUACUUUCAGUUUCAAAAGAUAAUUUGGAGAAUGUUGUUGAUUUAAGUUUUUCUGAAUCUUCCUCUGAUGAUGAAGAUUACUGUAAUAAUCCUAGUAAUAUUGAUUCUAUUGAUGCUGGUGAAGAUGCAGAUGAUGAUGGUGACAGUGAUGAUGGUAUUAAUGAAUAUAUUUUAGCUGAUCAGUCAGAAGUAGAUGAACAUAUAUGUUUUAAAAAUGUUUCAAAAAUUGUUGAUAAAAAUGUUGACUACGAUGAUAGAGUUUUUGUUUCAAAUGAUAAUGGAGAUAAUGAUGGUAGGAGAAUUGAUAGAAUAGAACAACAGAUAGGUCUGUCAGGUUUUUCUUUUCCUCAAGUAUUUAUAAGAAAACAUGCUGAUUUACCUAAAAUGGACAACAGUGAUAAUAAAGAUAAUAAAGAAAUCGGAGUAACUAAACAAAUUUCUCAAAUGAAUGAUGUCCUUAAAGCUUUACAGUUUAACCUUUUAGGUAAUAACACAUCAAGUGAUGAGGAAGAGUUCAUUGUUUUUGAUCAAACAGAAAAAGAAUUUAAUGUUCCUCAAAGCGACACAGAGGAGCAUGGGAAUGAAGAGUAUGAAUUUGUAAAUGCAGAUUUGAUUCCUUUACAAAGUACUCAUUCUGCAUGGUUAUUGCAUCAAGCUAAUGAAAGUGUAGAUAAUAAUAUAUUGUAUGGUUGCAUAGAACCAAUAGAAUUUGAAGACUUAACAACUUCAGUUAUCAAUGAAGUAGAAGUUCUAGAUUGUUCAAUAAAACUUUGGGCAACUGAAGUUUUUGAAGAAGAAAUUUUGGAAAAAGUCAAUGAAAUUGAAACUUUAAUAGCGGAUAAUUAUGAAUUAUGUAAUGUUGAAAUUUUAGAAUCUCUAACAUUUAAAGAGUCUUUUGUUAAUAUGUUUUUUUCUGAAAAUGCUGCUGUAGAAAAUUUUGCAAUUCAAGAUUUAAAUUACAAUAAAAAAGCUGAUACUUUAUAUACAUAUGGAGCUAAUGAUGUUGGUAUUACUCCGUCUGACCUAUGCUCUAUAAAUUCAGUACAGGUUGUGAAUAAUGAGGAUAUUCCUUUUAACCUUUGUAAUGCUAAAACACUCUAUUGUGAUGUAGGAACUGAUCAUCAUGAUGGCUGUAAAUAUUGUGAUGUUGGAACUGAUCCAAUUGUUUUAGAAAAUGUUUCGUUUUUAAAUAUUCUAAACCAGAAAAAAUCAUUUAAGAAUGAUGAUGAUGGCAUAGAUGAAAAUAAUCUUAAAUCUUCUGAAGAUAAUAAUUUUAAAUCAUUUAAAGAAAAGAAACUUGAAUCAUUUGAAGAAAAGAAACUUGAAUCAUUUGAAGAAAAGAAACUUGAAUCAUUGAAAGAAAGGAAAUCUUCUGAAAUAGUUUAUGUUCAAUCAUUUGAAGUAGAAAAGUUAAAAUCAGCUGAGAAGGAGAAGAUGCAAUUAUUUGAUGAGAAAAGACUCAGCUCAACUUUUGUUGAGAUGCUUGAAUCGUCUUUAGCAGAGGAACUAGGAUCAAAUGAAGACAAGAAUCAACUGAAUCUUGAAUCAAUUGCAGUAGUUAAGCUUAGACUAUUUGAAGUAGAGGAGUCAUUUAAAAACGAAAAGCUUGAACCAUUAGUAGAAAAGAAAUUUGAAUCUAUAAUAUCGAAUGAUAAUUUGUUAGAAGUAGAACAGUUUAAAUCUGCGGAAGAAGAAGAUAUUAAAUUGUCUGAAAUAGAGAUGCUUGAAUCAUUUGAUAUAGAGACACUUAAUUCAUCUGAAAAAGAAAUGUUUGAAUCAUCCUUAGAAAAUAAGUGUGAAUCAUCUGAAGAUAAGAACCUUGCAUCAUCUAAAUUAGAAAUGGAUAGCUUAUCUGUAUUUGAGAUGCAUGAUUUAUCUGUAACGGAGAAACUUGGGUUAAUUAAAGACGAAAAGCCUAAAUUAUUUGAAGAAGAGGAGGUUGAUACACUAAAUAAAGAGAAACUUGAAUCUUCUGAAGUAAAACAAUUAAAAUUAUUUGAAGUAGAACUUAAAUCAGUUGAGGAAGAGAAACUUGAAUCAUCAUCAAAAGUGAAACUGGAAUCAUCAUUAGAAGAGAAUCUUGAAUCUUUUAAAGUAGAGAAUGUUAAAUUGUUUGAAGUAGAGAUGUUUAAUCCAAAUAAAAAAGAGGCGUUUAGGCUGCCUGCAGAACAGAAGCUUGAGUUACUUGAUGAGGAGGUACUAAAUUCAUUUGAAGUAGAGGUGCUUGAAUCUUCUUUAAAGGAAAAGCUUGAGUUAUCUGAAAAUGAUACAUUUGAAUCAACUGAAGAAGUAAAGCUUGAAUCAUUUAAAGUAGAAAAAACUAAAUUAUUUGAAGAUAAGCUUUCUUUAUUUGAAGCAGAGAUGCUUAAGUUGUCUGACACAGAGAAACUUGUGUUAUCUGAAACAGAAAUGGUUAAAUUAUCUGAUGCAGAGAAAAUUGUGUUAUCUGAAACAGAAAUGGUUAAAUUAUCUGAUGUAGAGAAAAUUGUGUUAUCUGACACAGAGAAGCUUGAGUUAUCUCAAGAAGAAAAGCUUAAAUCAUUUAAAGUAAAAAGUUUUAACUUAUCUUUUACAGAGGUUGAGCCAUGUAAUGAAGAAAAGCUUGAAUUUUUUGAAGAAGAUAAGCUUGAAGUAUUUAAAGUUUGUCAAGAAAACAAAGAAUUGUUAAAAGACAAAGAAAACAUUGAAAAUCUUGAAGGCAAAUUUUUGAAAACAGUUAAUGAAAAUACAAAGGAAACAAUCAUUAUUCAAGUUACUUCUCGACAUUGCAAUGAGCUUUUAUUCUAUAAUGUAAGAAGUUCAAAAGGUUUUAAUUUCAAUAGUUUUUCCUUACUUUAUCUCCCUUCUAAAUGGUUUGAAAAAAAUGAAUGUGGUCGUGCAGCAAAAUUAUGUGAAGAAAUUACGGAGUCAAAACAAAGAAAUGAAGAACUAACUUAUGGAGAAGAUAUUCCUCAAGAUCUAAAUAACUGUAUUAAGCAAAAGUUAUAUACAAAAGAGAUUGCAUUUGAAGAAAUUCUUGAUGUUUAUAUUACACCAGAGGAACAAGUCCCUGAUUAUAAUGAAAGUUUUUUUGAUGAGAUUGAUAACAAUGAGCCAAUUAGCAAAAAAGCUAGCACAAAAGAAUCUGAGAUUACUCCAGCUAAUCAAUCCAUAAGUAAAGUUUCUUCUUCUGCAGAUGUUUCAUUUCAUGAAAAUGACACAAUUCCUAGAGGUGAUAUUUUUCUUAAAGACGUAGAUGAUAUUUCAAGAGAUGAUGGUGCUCCUUCAGAAGAUGUUAUGAAUGUUGGAAAACUUAAGAUUCCUGAUAUAUUUAAUAAUCAAUUACAAAAUCCAGAAUUUUUAAAUAUUCAAGAAAUCGAUUCAUCACCAUUAUCUCUAAAGUUAAAACCAGAAUUCAGAGAUGGAAAGAAGAGUAGUAAAAUGGUUUUAAUCAGUAAUAAAUUGCAGAAUAACUUACAAACUGAGGAAACGGAUGAAGCUGCUAAUGUUCAAUUUAUUCCAGAAAACCAAAUCAUUCCUAAGUCCAGUGAUGAUCUCUGUAAUAAUGAACAGACAAGCAAUGAGCCAAAGUUAGAUUCAAAAGAGAUUGCAUUUGAAGAAGUUCUUGAUGUUUAUAUUUCACCAGAGGAACAAGUCCCUGAUUUUGAUGAAAGUGUUUUUGAUGAGAUGGAUAACAAUGAGCUAAUUAGCAAAAAAGCUAGCACAAAAGAAUCUGAGAUAACUCCAGCUAAUCAAUCCAUAAGUAAAGUUUCUCCUUCUGCAGAUGUUUCAUUUCAUGAAAAUGACACAAUUCCUAGAGGUGAUAUUUUUCUUAAAGACGUAGAUGAUAUUUCAAGAGAUGAUGGUGCUCCUUCAGGAGAUGUUAUGAAUGUUGGAAAACUUAAGAUUCCUGAUAUAUUUAAUAAUCAAUUAAAAAAUCCAGAAUUUUCAAAUAUGCAAGGAAUCGAUUCAUCACCUUCAUCUCUAAAGUUAAAACCAGAAUUCAGAGAUGGAAAGAAGAGUAGUAAAAUGGUUUUAAUCAGUAAUAAAUUGCAGAAUAACUUACAAACUGAGGAAACGGAUGAAGCUGCUAAUGUUCAAUUUAUUCCAGAAAACCAAAUCAUUCCUAAGUCCAGUGAUGAUCUCUGUAAUAAUGAACAGACAAGCAAUGAGCCAAAGUUAGAUUCAAAAGAGAUUGCAUUUGAAGAAGUUCUUGAUGUUUAUAUUUCACCAGAGGAACAAGUCCCUGAUUUUGAUGAAAGUGUUUUUGAUGAGAUGGAUAACAAUGAGCUAAUUAGCAAAAAAGCUAGCACAAAAGAAUCUGAGAUAACUCCAGCUAAUCAAUCCAUAAGUAAAGUUUCUCCUUCUGCAGAUGUUUCAUUUCAUGAAAAUGACACAAUUCCUAGAGGUGAUAUUUUUCUUAAAGACGUAGAUGAUAUUUCAAGAGAUGAUGGUGCUCCUUCAGGAGAUGUUAUGAAUGUUGGAAAACUUAAGAUUCCUGAUAUAUUUAAUAAUCAAUUAAAAAAUCCAGAAUUUUCAAAUAUGCAAGGAAUCGAUUCAUCACCUUCAUCUCUAAAGUUAAAACCAGAAUUCAGAGAUGGAAAGAAGAGCAAUAAAAUGGUUUUAAUCAGUAAUAAAUUGCUGAAUAACUUACCAUCUGAGGAAAUGGAUGAAGCAGUUAACGUUCAAUUUAUUCCAGAAAAUCAAAUCAUUCCUUAUUCCAGUAAUGAUCUCUGUAAUACUGAACAGCUAAACAAGAAAGUUGCUAUAAAUGUUGAAAAAAGACUUUCCACUAAAAAUAUUCUUUCUCAAAACGUUAUUUCUCCUAAAGAUGAAGAUGUUCUUUCAUCUAGCGAAAUAAAAGUUGGAAAGCUUAAAAUUCCUGAAGUUUUUGCUGAAAAUCAAAAAGAUUUGAAGACUCCCACAAAAAAUAACUUUAAAGAAACUCAAGGUAAAAUUUUUGAACUAACUUUUUCAAAAGAAGAUGGAUUUUUGAAACCAAUUGAUUCUGCAGAUCUUACAGAGACCUUGAUCAUAAAAAGUUCUAAAACUGAGAUUAAUUCAAAUCCAGAAAAUACACAAAACAAAAAUGAAAAUGCGGUUAACUAUUUAAACGAUUUCAAGCUAAAAAGUAAAAUGUUCAGUAAAAUUAUUCCUUCAAGUACAACUCAGUCUGAUUUAAUACUACCAAUUUUACCAGAAAAACAAAUCUCAAGUCUCAAUAAUAUAAAUGAAGAUCAGAAAAAAAGCACAGUUGAUAUCAACAAAAAUCAUCUGAAUAAAAAUAAAUCUGAUAUCUCUUUUGAUAUGCAUAGUAAUAAUUUAGUAAAAAAAAUUCAGAAAAAACAGAUUGAAUUUGAUGAGAUAGUUGAUGUUCAGAUAUUGCUAGAGGAACAAAUUCCUGAUGAUUCAUUUACUUCUAUGGAUGAGGAGAUGAACAAAGAAGCAAAUGAAACAUCUAUAAAAGAACCUGGUAAUUUUAAGAUGAACAAAGAUGCAAAUGAAACAUCUAUAAAAGAAUCUGAUAAUUUUACAGCCAUUAAGUUAACAGAUAAAGGACUUGAAGAUCUCAAAAAAGUUAAUGAUAUUAUUCAUCCUUGUUUGAAUAUUAAAAAAGAAACUAAAGAUAAACUUGCUGAUUCAAAAAUUGAUGACAAUCUUCUUCAAGAUAUUGCUGGUGCUUCCAUAAAUGAAGUUGCACAUAGUCAAUAUGGAGCAGCAUCCAAAGAUGUUUUUUCUUCCGAAAAUGAAACAAAAGUUGGAAAACUAGAGAUUCCUAAAAUUUUUCAAGAAGUUCCAGAUUCAAAGAUUCCAAUAAAAGAUAAAACAGAUGAAAUUUCAAAGACAAAACCAGGUAAAAUUUUUGAACUGACCUUUUCAGACAAAGAUGGAUAUUUAAGACCUUUUGAAUCUAUGGAAAACUUGACUAUUAAAAGAUUCAAAACUGAGUUUAAUUCAAAUCCAGAAGAAAUAAAUGAAUGUGCUGUAAACUGCCGACCUAGUAAAUUUGAGCUAAAAGAUGAAGAAUUUAGUAAAAAUAUUUCUUUAAGUAGAAAUCAAUCUGAUUUUAUUUUACCUAUUGUACCAGAGAAACAACCCUCAAAUCUCAAAAACAUAAAUGAAGAUCAGAAGAAAAGCAUGGUUGAUAUCAACAAGAAUUCUACAAAUAAAAAUAAAUCUGAUAUCUCUUUUGAUAUGCAUAGUAAUAGUUUGGUGAAGAAAGUUCAGGCAAAAGAGAUUGAAUUUAAAGAGAUAGUUGAUGUUCAGUUAUUGCAAGAGGAACAAAGUCCUGAUAAUUCUUUUACUUUUAAAGAUAAGGAGAGAAACAAACAAAUGUUAGGUGAAAAGUUUUCUUUAAAAGAUGUUGAAUCAGAGAAUGUUUUAGUUAGUAUCGAAACAAAAACAGAAGAAAAGUUUUCUAAUGACCUCCAUAAAGUUAAUGAUGAUGAAAAUGAACAAAUUAUUUAUUUAUCAAAGGUUGACCUAGCUAAACUGUCUUAUGACAUGAAAAAAGUUGCUGAUUUGAAAGAUAAAACUUUUGCUGCCAAUAAUGCAGUUGGUUUUUUGAAAGAUGAGAUUUAUUUAUCCAAAGAUGUUCUUUCUCCUGAAAAUAAAACAAAAGAUGAAAAGCUAAAGAUUUCUGAAUUUAUCAAAGAAAAUCUUCAAGAUUCAGAAAUUUCCAUAAAAGAUAAGUCUUAUGAAACUCAAAAGAUAAAACCAGGUAAAAUUUCUGAAAUGGUUCUUUUGCAUGAAGAUGGAAUUAUAAAACCAAUUGAGCCCACAGAUAUAACUAUAACUAGACCAAAUGAAAGUGUGAUUUCUCUCAAUGGCUUGAAAAUAAAAGAUAAGUAUAUUAGUGAAAAUUCUAUGAAUGCAAUUCAAUCUGAGUUUAUAUCACCUGAUAUUUCUGUAUCAGAAAAACAUGACUUAGAUCUUGCCAAUAAAAAAUUUGAUCAUGAAAAAUGCAGUAAAAUGAUGGUUAACAAAGGAACGUUAAAAAAUAAUUCAUUUGAUUUGCACAGUAAUAGCUUGUUUAAAAAAAUUCAAACCAAAGAGAUUGAAUUUGAAGAGAUAGUUGAUGUUAAGUUGAUGUCAGAGGUACAACUUCAAAAUGAUACUUUUGAUAAGCAGCCAAACAAAGAAGCUUUAAAUAAGUUUGAAAUUAGUUCUGUUGUUAAACUAACACCAAAUCAACAACCUUCUGAUAAAGAUUGUAAGCAAAGUAGUCUUUUAGAUAUCAACCAAAGUAUUUAUUCUACAAAACCUAUGUGUGAUACUAAAAAUGAAUGCAAUACUCCAUCUGUAAUGAUUUAUGCAAAUAAUGAUAAUAAAACUGCAGUAAAAUUAGAAAAUCAAACUAAAGUUCCUAAUUCUGUAUACAAAACAGAAACUUCUGCAGUUAGUGGUUUCUAUAAUCUUAAUGAUAAUGAACCUCAUAACAAAAAAAAAGUGCCACUUAAUCGAAUAUAUCCUUUAAAAGAUGAAGUAGCAUUAUAUAAAGAUGAACUUGCAACAAGUAAAUAUAAUCUCAAAGAUGAAUAUGCAACUAGUAAAUAUAAUAUUAUUUUUUCAAAAGAUAAAGUUGGUUCUAAAGAAGGAAUUGAUUCUGAAGAAAAAUUUAAUGUUGAGAAGAUACCUGAUAUUUUCAAUGAAAAUCAAGUAAAUGAAAUUCCUGAAGUUAAAUCUCCUAUGAUGAAAUCUUCUAUGAUGAUAUCUCCUACGAUGAAGCCAUAUAAAACUUCAGAGUUAAUGCUUACUAAUGAUAUUGGUUUGGUGAAGCCUUUUGAAACUGGUGAAAAAUUUGCUGCAAAUGAUUUAAAUGACUCAAGUAAUUUUUUGAAAGGGAAAGAAGAAAAUAAAAAUAAAUCAAAUGAAUUUCAAUGUAAGAUAGAUGCUGAGCCAAAUAGAGAACUCAAUAAGAGAAAUAAUAAAAUAAAUAAAAAUAAGAAAACUGAUUCUUCAAUAAAAUUAAAUAAAUCUGAUGAAGCUUUAUUUCUUAAAGAAAAAAAUAAAUUUAAAGUAAAAGAAAUUGAACUUGAAGAAAUCGUUGAUGUGCAUUUAGUUCCAGAAGAAGAAAGUCCAGAUUAUUUUUUUGAUGACUUUGAUAUGUUAGAAAAGCAGAAUAAUAAUAACAAUGAUGAUGAUGGGUUUGUAAUUUUACAAGAUGUAAUUAACAGCAUAGACAAUGCCAAAGUCCAAAAACGUCUUCCUGAAUCACCAGGAUAUAAUCAAAAUAUUCCUGAAGAACUUUUUACACUUUUAAAAUUAGAAGAUGAUACAGAUUCCGAUGAUUCACUUGAAUUGGAUAAUGAUAUUGAUUCUUGCAGAUCGAAUGAUAUUGAUUCUUGCAGAUCGAAUGAUAUUGAUUCUUGCAGAUCGAAUGAUAUUGAUUCUUGCAGAUCAAAUAAUGAUUCUUCUGAUAAUGGUAUUAAUUUUGAAGUUAAAAAGCAUGAUGCAUCAGUUCUUAACUAUGAACAGUCUUCUUACAAAAACUUAAAUAAUGAUGAUCAUACCAGCCCUUUGACUCCAGAGAUCAAGUUAGCAAGUUUUAAUGAAUCUAUUAAAAAUGAUCAACUUGUUGGAGUGAGUAAGAAUGAUAAAAAAGAUAAAGAAAAUCAGGAAGAGUUAUUAGAAAAAACAGGACUUGAAUCAAGGUCUUCAUCUUUCCAAUCUAUUUUAGGUUUCCAAAUAAUUCACUGCACCUCCCCAAACAAUGAGCAAAGCGAUGAAUCAGAAUCGAGUUCAGACUUUUUAAGUGAAAAUAGUAUUGAAAGCAAUAAUAAAUUAUAUGAACAAAAAAAUAAAUUGUUUUUGAGCCAACAAACACAAAUUGGAAUAGAAGACAAAGAAUUAGAUGAUAAAAAGGAAUAUAAAAAAAUAUUUCAUCCAAGUGAUAAAGUUGCUCAAUGGGUUGUUGCUCAUAGAGAAUUGGAUUCCAACAAUGACCAUCAAAAUGCUGAGUCAGUUUCUGUUAGUCCUGUUAUACCAUUUGAUUCAUCUUUUAAUAAAGAGUUGAAUGAUUCUGAUCAGGUUGUUAACAUAUCUAAAAAACGAUUAUGUGCAGAUCUUUUUUUAACAAGAGCUAUAUCUCAUGAAUCAUUAAAAUUUCAAGAAUUUUCAAAAUCUAAUGAUACUCAAACACAGGACAGUGAACAAGAUCAAAACAAACAUUUUUCAUCAUCUAUCCGCCAUCUUAAACUUUUGUCAUCAUCUGUUUUAUCUGAAAAAUUAAAAGAAUCUUGUAUAAAUGAAGAAAGUUUUUUUGAAGAUUUUUGGAGGCAGAUUGAGUUUAUAGAAGCUGAUGUAUUGAGUCAAAACUUUGAGGUAAAUAAGUCACUUGCUACAAAACUUACAAAUGAAUUCAAAAAGAGGCAUCAUAAUAUUAAAAAUAUGAAAUCUUUAAAAGAAAUUUAUGAAAAAAAAGAUUUUUUAAUAAAGUAUGAAACAAAAAAUUUUGAAAACAACAUAGGUGACAAUAUAUUUAGUAACAAAGAUUUUUGGUUGAUAAACGAGUUAAAAGUUUCAUCUAAUAUAUCUAAAUUAACAUAUGAGCAUCCAGACAACUUUUUAUAUAGAAUUCCUUUGAGUCACAAAAAUGUUGUUUCAGUUGAUGCAAAACGUGUUGCAAGUUACAUUAUUAAAUUGAAAAACCAACAAAACAAUGGAAAUAGUUUUGAACAAUUUAAGAAAAAUUUCAGAGGCUGCCUAUGCGAAGAAGAAAUUUAUUUUGUAUAUUUAUAUCUGUUUUGUAAACAAGAAUGGCUUGUUGUGGCUGAAAUGUGUAAUCAAAUGUAUCGAGUGAAAAUGGUCUCUAAAAAUUCCAAAAUUGUUGACAAAUCUGUUUUAUCAGAGGAAGAUAUUGAAAAUCAAUUUGGUACUUUGGCAAAUCAGGAUGAAGAGUAUAAUAUUGAAGACUUUUCAUAUCUUGCUCUAAACGAAUCAAUUGACACAAUACUUCUAAAAGUAGCAAACAUGCGAUCUGAUCCUGUUAUUAUUGGUAAAUGGUUCAUUAUAUUGAAUGCAUUUUGCAAAGAGAGUAUAUGCACGUUUAAUGAGUUUUUACAAACCUAUUCAAAUUUGAAUCAGUUAACAAUGUACCAGAAGUUUUUAGUAUACUUGCUCAUCUCGAGGAAAUGGAAAGUGUUGUUAGAUGAUAACAAACAGGUAUUUUUUGUGCCAACGAAGAAUCCAUAUUAUAUUCUUGAACAAGAGGAACAAAUUGAAAUUAAUGAAGCAAGGAAAGCUAUUAUAUAUUUAGCAAUAAAUGAUGCUUCUACUUUUGCGUACCUUACUUAUCUCGGAUUUAUUUUGCCAGAUGUAGAAGAUAGUUUUUCAAAUGGAUUUUUACCAAAACACCUUAGCCACUGGGAGACUUGUUUAGCUCAUGAAAAACCUCUGAGUAUUACUUUAAAUGAAUUUGAGCAUGCUUUUCCAGAUGUUCAAGUUUUGAGUGUUGAGGAAAAACUUUUAUUGUAUUCUUAUUAUUCUGGGUAUGAUUGGUCAAAUUCUCAUGCUUGCUAUGAUUGGUUAGAUUCUCAGCCUUUAUAUAAUGAUCUGACAACUGAUGAUACUACUAAUGAUGUUCGUAUGAUAAGCGGAGCUGACAAUAAUGUAAAAAAUAAUUGGAAUUCAAAAGUAAAAAAAGAAAAUUUUAAACAAACUUUUUCUUAUGAAGGUGACAUUUUGGACAUAAUGAUUGAUCCUUUUGAAAUGGUUGAAUAUAUUUUAAUAAUUGAUACAAACUGUGAAACAAAUUCAAUUGAAAAUUUUAGGACAAAGUAUUUAUUGCAGAUGUCAGAUGCAACAGACAAACAAUUAUAUGCACUUUAUUGCUACUAUUAUUGUUAUAGUUUAUGGAAACUUCUUUUUUAUUUGCCAAACCAAGAUACAUUCAUUGAUGCAGAAACAAAAAGACUUCAACUCCCUCACCCAACUGUCAUACCAAGAAAUCUUUAUAAACUGCUGAUAUUAAUUGAGAGCACAUGUAACAGUUAUGAUAUUUCAACACUUGAUGAUUUUAAAUUAUCUUUUCCACAAGUGUUUGAGUUGAACACAGUUGAGGUUUAUUUGUUGUAUUGCUUUUUUUGUGGAAGAAAAAUCAUUUUAGGAAGCUGUUCUCAUCUUAAUGUUAAACUAAAACACAAUCACCAAAACGAUGUUGAGAAAAGUAGGACUUUGCCAGAUCAUCUAAGGCAGUGGGAGAUUCGUUUAUUGCAUGAGAAACCAGGAUUAACACAAAAUAAUUUUGAAUUGACUUAUCCUGAAACUCAAUUUUUAAGUGAUAAUGACAAAUCUUUGUUGUUUGAUUAUUAUUGUAGAAAUUUUUCCAAGCCAGAUACAGUUAAUAGCAGUAUACUUUCUGUAGACAAUUUUAAACAGUUUUCUAAUGAAUCAUUUUCAACAUGCCCCCCAGUUGGCAUAAUAGAUUUUCAGUUGUUGGAUAGUGCAGUAGAGCUAAACAAAAAUCAAAUUAGUGCAUUAUACUCCAUGUGGGCUUAUCCUGAAGAAAUUUCUGAACUGAUUGAAACAUGGGCAAGUUCAUCUAAACCACUUGUAGAAAACUUUGAACAAUUCAAGUUGAAUUUUGCAGGAAUGGUCUUUGCCAAUGAGUUUGAUCGAUUUGUUGUGUAUGCCUUAAUUUACAAACAAGACAAGUGGAUGACAGUUGUAGAAAGAAAAAUAGGCUCAAAUCAACUUCGUUUAAGGUUAUUACCAAGAAAUAUUUUAUUGGAUUCAAAUAAUUUUUUUAUUCAAUUUGAAGAUCUAUCUUUAGUCAACUGGCUUGAAACAAUCAACAAUAAAGCGGAAUUAUAUGAUCUGUUGAAAAGUUCUUUAUUUUCCAUUUCAUUUGGAUAUGUGUUGUUUUCUUAUACUAAAGUAUUGAAGUUACCAUGUUCAUUGAAACAUCUUGAAAAAUAUUUUGUAGAAAAAAGAUUAAAACAUGGAAAACUUAAGUUUGAAGAGUUUUUAGAGUAUUUUUCAGAUGUAGUACAAAGUUUCACAGUAGGCAUACAACAAGUGCUGUAUGUAUAUUACCAAGAAUACCAACAGUGGGAAUUGACAUUAUGGGAAAAUAAUGACAUCAUAGAUAAACAUAACAAAAAUAAUGAAACUGCAAAUGAAAUAUCAGGCAAUUCUAUUGAUUAUAUGGAUUCAUGCAAAGCAUCACUAAAAUCAGCUGAGGAUAUCUCACAGAGUAAAUAUACCAACAAAGACAAAAGUAUUAUCGAUAUGAUGAUCAAUCCCUUUGAAAUGACAAAGUGGAUUCUACUUAUUGAUACAAGCAGUGAAACAAAUUCAUUUGAAGAUUUUAAGACAAAGUAUUUAUUGCAGAUGUCAGAUGCAACAGAAAAACAAUUUUAUGCACUUUAUUGCUACUAUUACUGUGAUUGUUUAUGGAAACUUCUUUUUUAUUUGCCAAACCAAGAUAAAAUUAUUGAAUCAGAGACAAAAAAAAUUCAACUUCCUCAUCCAGCUAUUAACCCAAGUAAUCUUUUUGAAAUGCUCAUAUUUAUUGAGAAAGUAUAUACUGAUUAUGAUUUUUCAACACUUGACGAUUUUAAAUCGUUUUUUCCACAAGUACAAGAGCUAAAUUUAAUAGAAAUGUAUUUGUUGUAUUGCUUUUUUUGUGGAAGGAAAAUCAUUUCAGGAAGCUGUUCUCAUAUAAAUACAAAUCUAACAGGUUACCAGGGAAACCAAAUUUAUUCUAAUUCUCAAGCUAAGACAUUAGUAGAUGAAAAACCAUUAGAUUUUACACUUAGUAAUUUUGAACAUGCUUCAUCUGCUGACCAGCUGUUAGAUGAUGUGGAUUGGAAGGAACGAAUUGACAUAAAAAGUGAUAAUGAAAUUUUUUCUAAAAGUGACAUGAGUUCCAACAAAAUUUUGUCUUCAGACACUUUAGAGUUAGAGCAACUGGAUGAUAUAGAGGAACUGCCAGCAUAUCAACUUUCUGAAUUGUUUUCAAUGUGGGCUUAUCCAUAUGUAGUUGCUGAACUUUUAGAAAUAUGGGCAAGUUCAUCAAAUCUUUUAAUAGAAAACUUUAAACAGUUCAAGAUGAAGUUUUGGGGAACAGUUUCAGCAAAAGAGUUUGAUUGGUUUGUUGUGUAUACUUUGGUUUACAGACAUAACAAGUGGAUUACAGUUGUAGAAAGAAAGGUUGAUUCAAAUCAACUUCGUUUAAGGAUAAUACCAAGAAAUAUUUCUUUGGAUUCAAAUAAUUUUUUUAUUCAAUUUGAAGAUUUGUCAUUAUUUAACUGGCUUGAAACAAUUGAUAAUGAAGACGAGUUAAAUGAACUGUUAAGAAUUUCUUUAUUUUUGACUCCAUCUAGCUACACACUAUCUUCUACGAUUAAAGUAUUUAGUUUACCAUCUUCGUUGUUAAACUUUGAAAAAUAUUUUGCUGAUAAAACGCAUAGAAAAAUGAAUUUCAGUGAAUUUUUAGUACAGUUUUCUGAAAUUCAAGAUUUUUCACUAAGAGAACAACAAAUCUUGUAUGUUUAUUACCAAGCUUAUAAACAGUGGGAAUUAACCAUGGUAACCAGUGUGAAUACUGACAAAAAGUUGAUAAAAGAUAUAUAUCAAGAAAAUAGUAACCAAUCAAAUAAAGAUUAUGUUAAAAAUAAAGUUUCAAUAAUAGCAAAUGCAACAUCAAUAAAAUCAACAGAAAAAGUUUUCCUUAAUAAAUAUACUUAUGAAGGAAAUAUUUUGGACAUUAUGAUUAACCCUUUUGAAAUGGCAGAAUGGAUUUUACUUGUUGAUACAAAAUGUGAAACAAAAUCUUUCGAAGAUUUUAAAGAAAAAUACCUUAGUUGCAUGAUGGGAGUGAAUGAUAAACACUUGUUUGCAUUAUAUUGCUAUUACUACUGCCUUAGCAUAUGGAAAAUUAUGGUUUCUUUAACUCAUGAAGAUGCUAGCAAUGAUUUAAACAUUUAUGAAAAAGUAAAUCAAUUUGAGAUUCCUCACACAUCUGUGCUCCCUGAAAACAUUCUAAAAUGGGUCUGCUUCAUUGAAGAGAAUAGUGAUUGUAACACAGCUUCAACAAUUGAUGAUUUCAAAUCAUCUUUUCCUGAGAUAAACUCAUUAAAUCAGUCAGAGAUUUAUUUGUUGUUUUGUUUUUUUUGCGGUAGAAAAAUAUUUUUAUCUAUAAAAAACCCUAAAGCUCAAGCUCAUCUUUUAAGAAUUAAGAUACCUAAUGAAUCUGAUCAAAUUAAUCUUUUACCAAACCAUCUCAGAAAUUGGGAAUCAAUUUUAGCUCAAGAAGUUAAAAUUUGUCUUUCUUUGAGUGAAUUUGAAAAUGCUUUUCCUGAUAUUCAACAGUUAAGUGAUGCUGACAAGUUUAUUUUAUUUGAUUAUUAUCGCAGCAGAACCUUAAAUGAAGAAAGUGUGAGCAUAAAACAUUUUCAAAAUCAAGUAUCUUUAGAACAAAAUCAAAUAUCUCCAAAAUAUCCUGACGAAAAUUUCAUAAACUUUAAAAUGUUGGAUCUUGCAGAUGAGUUAACAGAAACUCAAUAUCGAACUUUGUCUUUAAUGCAUACUGAACUUGAAAGUAUUGGGGAACUUUUGACUAUGUGGGCGUUUUCACCAAAGUUGAUUAUAAAUAGUUUUGAAGAGUUUAGUAAAUGGUAUUUAAAAUGGAGUUCAGCUACAGAAUUUCAAAAAUUUAUUGUUUAUGCAUUGAUUUAUAGGCAAAAAAAAUGGAUCUGUAUUGUUGAGAAAAAUUCAAAAUCAAACCAACUUUUUCUAAAGAUAUUAUUGAGAAAUAUUCCAUUGGAUUCAAAAGAAUUUCUGAUUCCAUUUGAGAGCCCUAACUUAGUUAACUGGUCUGGAAAAAUCAAUGAUGACAAAGAAAUUGAUCAAUAUUUAAAACUAUUAGAAUUUUCAAUUCCUCUUAGUUAUUCAUUAAGUCGCAAACUUAAGGUUUCACACUUACCUAAUGUAGUCAACAUCCAUUUACAAAUAACAAAUAAAGACCAGAGCCUCAAAGAAUUUUUAGAAGAGUUUUCAGAGGUGAUUAAAAGUUUUCCAUCAGAAGUUCAACAUUUAUUAUUUUUUUAUUAUCAUAAAUUUGAAGAAUGGGAGUUUUCAGUGUGGCAAAACAAAACAGAUGAAAAUAUUGUUCCUCCUCAGUCGCCAGCCAUUAGUCUGAAUGGAUCAAGGUAUUUGAAAGGAUCGAGACAUUUUAAAGGACCACGAAAACUCAAGGCAUCACAAAAUCUUUUGGGAUCAAUAAAAAAAGAAAAAAAAAAUGAGCAAAAUAAGGAAAGAAAAACAGUAUCAAGAAAGGUUUCUUAUUCAGGAAAAAUCAAAGACAUUGCUUUAGAUCACUCUCAAAUGAUAAACAAGCUGCCAAUAUUUGAUAUUGAAAGUGAAAAUGUGAAAUCAUUUGUUGAGUUUAAGAUGUCCUGUGAAAAUAAGUUUAAAGAAAAGUUGUCUAAAAAACAAUUGUAUGCACUCUAUUGCUAUAAUUUUUGUUUUCAUUUGUGGAAACUUCAAGUUAAUGUGUUAAACACAGAUACGUUAUUGGAUAUUAAGAAAAACAUUGUAAUUGAACAUCCUCAUCCAGAUAUUGAAAUUGCUAAUAUCCUAAAAUGGAUCAAAUUAAUUGAGCAAAAUGGAAUUCGCCAGAAAUUGACUACAAUGAAUGAAUUUGUCAGUUAUUUUCCAGAAAUGAAAGAACUAAGUGAGGCUGAAAUAUAUUUGCUUUAUUGCUUUUACUGCGGUAUAUACUUUCGAGCAGUUUUUGUUCCAAAGGACUCUGAUAUGAAUGGUGAAUCAAAAGCUAAUCAAUCGUUUAAAAAGAAGCGAGUUAAUAAAGUCUCUUCUCCAAUUAAUAAUUUGAACGAAAAACCUGGACGGAAACGAACAAUUACACUUCCUAAAUUAAAACUUUCUGAUUCUUUCGAAGUAAGCGAUUCUGGAAGUAAAAAGAAAAGUUAUAACAGCGCUAUGAAUGACCAUUUGUCAUCAUUAAGUCCUGUCGUUGAAUAUGACAAUGUCAAUGAAGUUUUAAACUCACCUAAACAAAAGGAUACAUAUGUACCUUUUGAUGAAAUAUCCGAUUAUUCAAUUAGACGUCUAACAAAUAUUGGCUUUGCGCCAAUUAAGC